AUGACUAGCAUCUCCUUGGGAGAAGUCAUAUAUAUGUCAUGCAAGCCCAUGUUCAAGAUCUACUUCUUGAUUGGGGUGGGGUUCUGGCUGGCACGCAAAAACAUAUUAUCUGUGGAUACCACUAAAAAUAUCAGCAGUAUAGCUAUUAUGGUGACCAUGCCUGCGUUGCUGUUUAACAAGAUCGUUACCAAUAUCGACAACUCUGAUAUUGCCCAGAUCGGAACGAUAGCGUUUCUGGGGAUAUUCAACAUGCUGGGAGGUGGUCUGAUGUGUUUUUUGGCGGGUCUGGUCACCAGAUGCCCCAAGCGGUGGUAUGGAGGCCUCAUCAGCGUGGGGAUGUUCCCCAAUAUCUCUGACUUGCCGAUCGCCUAUCUGCAAAGUUUGGAGUCAUCUGGGAUUGUUCCUGACGUUGACCGUGGCGUGGCGUUCAAUUGCAUUUACACGGUGAUUCAGCUGAUCGGCCAAUUCAAUUGUGGCCUUUACAAGUUGAUCGAGUGGGAUUUUCGAGAUGCAUUUAAAAAUGCGGGCGACAAAAAACCGGCCGACGAGGAGCAGACGGUAUCGACGUCCGCAUCUCCAGAGUCGAUUCAGCAUACCAACUGUUCGAACUCACUUACCAGCAUCAGCUCCUCAGUCGAUGAAAACGACACAGAUGAAAAUCAGCCACACUCUUUGAGAGAGAAACGAACCGGCCGUAGAAGUUCAUGGUCUACGGCGCGAAGGAGCCUUGAUCUUAGGCGAACGGAGAGCGCAUGUUCUGGUACCUCUCUAAGGGAGAUGCCCACAGAGAACAUGGCGGACAUGGUGCGACAAUACUCGCGUUUCGACGAGCUCGCGACUGGAUCUGUGAAGGUCAACGACCCGGCAGAUCUGCAGGUUGCCCCAAAAACAACGCCUUCUGAGUCAAAAGGCGUCUGGCCGCUAGCGAAGUCCUUUAUUUUCCUGCUUUUGGAUAGUUUCCGCAAGCCUAUCUCGCUGACUGUCGUGAUUAGUCUAAUAAUUUGCAUGAUUCCCUGGGUGAAAGCCCUCUUCGUCACGACCAAUCAAGCUCAUAUCAGUCCUGCACCAGACGGACUACCCCCGCUUUCCUUUAUGAUGGACAUCUCAUCUUAUAUCGGAGCAGCACAGGUUCCUUUCGGUUUGCUUAUUUUGGGUGCUACCAUUGGCAGGCUGGAAAUUAGAGAUAUCCCACUGUCGCGGUGGAGAACUCCACUAGCAGUAACUUCUGUGCGCCUUGUGCUGCUCCCCAUUGUGGGAUGUGCGCUUGACUCCAAAGUCAACAAAGACGGACUCUUCUACAACGAACCAAUUCUUCACUUUGUGUCAAACAUCGUUUUUUGCAUGCCUCCAGCUACGUCCAACAUUUACCUGACUGCAUUUUACACUCCUCCCGAUUACGAGGACCACAUCCAGGUUGACUGCCUGGCAUUAGCAUACAUCUGUCACUACGUUGCGCUUGUUGUUUGUCUGCCGUUCACCGCAGCUUACACUCUUAAGGUUCCGCUCAAAUAUUAG